ACAUUUGAUUCCAAAGAAAGAGACUAAUUAUACAAGUGGUGUUGAUAUUCCAGGUAAUUCUGGACCGAAUAGAUUCUGCUUCAAACUCUGAAAAAUCAUAUGACACUGCAAGACCACCUAUGAAUUAUUCGUGUGGUUAAGGUCAUCAAUCAUAUAUAUGUGGUUGGGUCAAAUGCAAAGAUAUACAGUUGCAUUAGUUCGGCGUUGAUAAUACAGAGUCCUGAGAAAUAGCAUAUAGAUUGUUGUAUAUAAAUGUAUAUAAAUUCUCAUUUUAGAAAUCUGGUGAAUGAAAAAUCUUUAAUUACAGAGGCAGAACUUAAGGGAAUUAUCGAUCGAACAACUAAAGCAUUAGAAACACUCGCAAAAGCGAAUGCUAAGUUAAACGAAACACAAAUACAUUAUAAUGCUGUGAAACAAAAAUCUGAAGAGAUUCGAGGGAAUUUAGCUAACGAUGUUCGCAAAGCUGAACAAAAUUUAACUGAUGCUCAAACUAAAUUAAAAGAAGCUAUAGAUAUUGAACCAAUACUUAUACAAGAAACAAUAAAUAUGAAAAAUAAAAUUGAAUCAUUAAAAUUACAAAUUCAAACAUUAACUGAAACAUUAAAACAAAAUCAACAAAUUAUGAAUGAAUUAAAACAACAAUUAAUUGAAUUAGAUAAAAAUUCUAUAAAUAAACAAUAUAUAUUAGAUAAUUUAUUAUUAUGGAUUAAAAAAAAUGAAGAAAAUUUAAUUAGUCAAUUCAAUGGUAAAUUAAAUAAUGAUUAUAAUAUAUUAAAUCAAUUAUUCAAUGGAAAAUCAGAACAGUUUUAUAAAAUUAAAAUGAAUGAAACACAAUUAAAAGUUGAUAAUGAUCAUUAUGAAAAACGUAUUAUAGAUUAUCAAAAUGAAAUAAGUAAAUUAAGAAAAUCUAUCGAAUUACUUGAAUCACGUUUACAUACUGCACAAGAUUUAUUACAAGUUUCAAAUACUGAUUAUAAUCGUAUACAAUUAAAACAUUCAUCAGUUAAAGAUGAUUUAGAAUUAACUAAAUCUCGAACAAGAACAGAACAAGAUGAGAAACAAAAUAUGUUAAAAUAUUUACAACACAAAAUAAAAGAGGAAUGUGAAAUCAAAUCUAAAUUGAUGAUAGAUUUAGAAAAUAAUCUUACAGAAUUCGAGAGAAUUAAACAAGAUGGUUAUCAAAAACGUUUAGAAUUAGAAGCAACAGCUAAGCAAUUAGAAAAUAACUAUGAAAAUGUUAAAUCAGAAUUAGAAGCUAUUCAAUUGAAUCAUAAUUAUUAUUCAGAACAAUUGAAUAUUAUACAAAACGAAUAUAAACAAUUUGAAAAUGAAUGGAAUCAAGAAUAUUCUACAAUGUGUAAUAAAGUUCAAACACUAGAUGAUUCUCUACUGAAAUCUAAAACACAAUUCAGUGAAUUAAAAACAAGAUUAGAAGGAAUGACAAAUGAGAAGAAUUUUCUACAGGAGAAACAAAAUAAACUUAGAUUAUCAUUAUUAGCAUUAAUGAAAGUGAAACUACGAGGAACCACAAAAUUAAGUCAGUUGAGAUGUACGAUUGCUGAUCUUACUAAAACAAACAAAACAUUGGUCUCAGAAAUAAACAUUUUGAAAAGGCAAACUGAAGAAAUGAAUCAACUUCAAACCAAACGUGAAUUACAACUGUCUAACUUAAUGAAAACUCGUGAUUCAGUAUUGAAAAAACUAAAGAGUUUUUUAUGAAAAUGCCACCAAUUAAAGAAAGCACGUACAAUAGAUUUUGUAUCGUCACGUAAGAAGUUGGAAGCCCAGGAUGAGCAUCUAGGCAUUGAGGACAGCAGCUCGGAUGGUCAACGCCAGUUCGUCGAUCAGAUAGCGGUGAUUCUGUCUUGUAACUAUUUAGAGACCGUAUCCUUUUUCUGUACAGCUUCCAACACAGCUAUUACCUAUGUGCCACCUGGCCUUUUCGCUCCACAAUCUAAAUUUGGACUUGUAUUGAUUACAUUGAAACCAGCUACCAGUGAGGUGAUUGCGUACAAGACUACCGCUCCGUUUGGAGUACUCAUAUUAACUCCAGGUACACCCUAGUAUGCGCCAAAAUUAUCUUGGUCUUUGAGGGUGAGCAAACUUAUUGUUCUAAGUGGGUUAAUAUGAGCAAACCGACCAUACCUACUGUCACGUCCAAAUAGUAAACCGGGUUAGGUUUGGUGGUAGCUAUCAGUUUACUGAGAAUUCUAGACGAGCGCUGAGUAUAUCUGCAUGAUGCCAUAGAAAUGGCAAGUUGCUUGUGCCUUGGAAAAACCCCAAGUAUAACCUUUGGAUUAAUUCAGGCUCUCUAAAACUCCCUGGGUCAUGUCAGUCUGCUUUAGUUAAACUCGAGUCUGAUGAUGGACGUAGGUACUUGGCUCACGAUAUUUCAUAAACCUCACGUAAGGACUGGGAUACAUCGUGGUUGUAGUGUGUUGACACCUUGGCGGCAGUAAGUACGUCUAAUAACUGCCGGAAGCUAUUUUAGCAUACUCAAGACAGCAGGAACACGAUAUUUUGUCUUGAUUUGUGUAGGGCAUUUUUUAAUGUGGAAGUUUGUAACAGAAUUUAUGUGUUUUAAAUAGAAUAAACAAAAGUGAGGGUUACACUUAUUUAAAAAUAUAAAACUUUUAUAUAUUGGAUUAGAGUUGAUUUAGUAGGAAAAUUUCAUACAUAUUUUCUCUGGUCGAAUUAUUCAGUGGUAUAGAUGGAAAGCCGUUAAGGCGACUAAUAUAGUAAAUUAAGAACUGUAUUUUAAUAUAUUUCUAAUAUACUAAGUUAACGUGUAAUUGUGUCAAACAAAUCUGGACCGUAC